GUGCCAUUCCGGCGUCUUGUUGUUACACGGCGGAGGCGGGAAGACGCCGAACAAGACGCCCUCGCGUGAGGAGAUUCGAGAGGAGGCAGCCAGCGGACGUCGGAACUCCGGCGGCAGAGACUCCGUGUCCCCCGCUCGGGGGUGCGUUCAUCCGGCGUCGUGAUGUCUGGCCUGACUGCGGCGCGGGCUCCGCUGGGCCUGAUGUCGCUCCCCCUGUGCUCCGCCGCGCUGCUCGCCCUGAUUCUUACGCUGCCCAAGACGAGCGGCGACGUUGUGGCUGUCGGCUGGGACAACCGCACCAUGGCCUUUGACGACAUGCCCGCGAUGUUUGGCUACCAGCUGCCCAAGGAAGGGCUCAAGGGCUACCUGGUCUACGCCAGGCCGGCCAACGCCUGCCAGCCCAUCGCUCCUCCGCCGCACAACAGCACCGCCGCCUCCACCUUCAUCGUGCUCAUCAGGCGAUACGACUGCAACUUUGACGUGAAGGUUCUGAACGCCCAAAAGGCCGGAUUCAAGGCUGCGAUUGUGCACAACGUCGACUCCAACCAGCUGCUCAGCAUGGGCACCAGUGAUGCCGACAUCUGGAAGAAGAUUGACAUCCCCUCGGUGUUUGUGGGGCAGAGCACGGCCAACCGCCUCCUCGAGGAGUUUGUGUACGACGUCGGAGGCCACGUGGUGCUAACGCCGGACUUCUCCAUUCCGCUCGAGUACUACCUCAUCCCCUUCCUCGUCAUCGUCGGCAUCUGCUUCAUCCUCCUCGUCGUGUUCUUGGUGGUGAAGGUGAUGAGGGACCGGAGGAGGGCGCGCAGGAACCGUUUGGCCCGGGAACAGCUGCAGAAGCUGCCCAUUCACAAGUUCAAAAAAGGUGACGCGUACGAGGUUUGCGCCAUCUGCCUGGACGAGUACCUGGAAGGGGACAAGCUGCGCGUGCUGCCUUGCUCGCACGCGUACCACUGCAAGUGCGUGGACCCGUGGCUCACCGGCUCGAAGCGCACGUGCCCCGUGUGCAAGCGCCGCGUGAUCCCCUCGCGGCGGCGCCGGCUGGGCGCCGCCACCCCGGAGAGCGACUCUUCGGGCUCGGAGCCGUCGAGCGACUCGUCCCCGCCGUCGCCCUCGUCGCCCUCCGACUCGGGGCGGGAGGAGACGCGGGAGGGCGAGCGCACCCCGCUCCUGCGCUCCGGCCGCUCCUCGUUCGGCUCCAUGGCCCCCGGUGCCCCCUCCCCGGCCGCCGCUCAGCGGCAGGAGGAGCGCCGGCGGCGGCGGCGGCACCGGCGGCGUCGUCACGGCGACGCCGACGCCGACGCCGACCCCUCCGAGCGCGAGGACCCGCGGGGUCGGGCUGCGGAGGCGGUGGGCGGCGUCCUCUCCGCCUCUCCGUCGUCGUCGUCCAUGACCUCCUCCACCUCUUCGUCGACGAUGUCCACCUCGUCGGAGUUCGACAGGAGCGAGGGGCGGGGGGCCGCGGGCGCCGACAGCGUCGUUCCUCCCGCUGCGCCGGCGCCGCCGACGAGCGCCGACGGCGGUGCCCUGCCGGGAGGCGCCGGCGAAGAAGAGCGCAGGGCUCCGGCGACGCAGGGCGCUCGCGACGUGGUCACCGUGCAGGUGGAGAAGCACGAGCAUUCCCUCGCAGACCGGCAGCAGGACCAGCCGCAGCAGCAGCAGCAGCAGAACGUGUGAUGGGGGGUGUGAGGUGUGCGCGUCUGCGUGUGUGUGGUUGUGUGUGUGUAUGUGUGUAUGUGUGUGUGUGAGUGUGUAUGGGGAGCGGUAGUGUAGCGGUUAGCGCGCUGCGCUACGUACCUGGCGACCCGGGUUCGAUUCCCGCUCACGGCAAACACCCAGUGACGAUUAUCUGAACCGGUUUAGGGCCUCCCCUAGGUCGACUCAGCCUCAAAUGAGUACCUAGUGCGGUGUGUAAACAUCGUCACUGGGGAGACAAAGGCGGUCGGGCGUGGUGCUGGCCACCCACCCCCUCGUGUGCCAUUCCGGCCUUCAUAGGUGCUCGCUAAUAGCACUUGACCCUACAGUCUGUUAAGGCUAUACGGGGGAUCUUUGUCUUUGUAUGUGUGUGUGCGUGUAUGCGUGUGUGCGCAUCUCUUGUGUGUAUGUGGGGAGCGGUAGUGCAGCGGUUAGCGCCCUGCGUUACGAACACAGCAUCCCGAGUUCGAUUCCCGCUCACGGCCACCACCAGUGACGGUUAUCUGAACCGCUCCUGGGCGUCUCCUAGGUCGACUCAGCCUCAGAUGAGUACCUGGUGCGUUGUGUAAACAUCGCCACUGGGGAGACAAAGGCGGCCGGGCGUGGUGUUGGCCACCCACCCCGUCAUGUACUGCACCGGCCUUCAUAGGUGCUGCUCGCUAACAGCACUUGCCCCAACAGUCUGUUACAGGCUACACGGGGGGUUGUGUGUGUGUGCUCCUCUGUGUGCAUUGUAUGUAUGUGUGCGCGUCUCUGCGUGUUGAUGUGUGUCUGUGUCUGCGUCUGUAAUUCUGUGUAAGGAGUGGCGUUGGCUUGGGUUUGCGCUCUGCGCUACGAACUUGGUGGCCUGAGUUUCAAUUCCCAGCAGCCACUGCCAACGUCAGUGAUAAUUAUCCAAGCCGGUUCUUACCAGCUGGGCAUGGUGCUGGCCACACCACCCCAUCGUGAGACGUUGCCGGUCUUCGUAGGUGCUUGCUAACGGCGCUUGCCCCAACAGCCCGUGCAGGCUUCCACGGGGAGGCGGGAAGGGGGGGGCGAUCGUUGUGUUUGCUACUCGGCCGUGUGUGAGUGUGGAGAUGCGAAAAUGGGAAUUUUAACAGGAAUUGUAAUUUUGUGUUGAAAUGGAGCAAAGCCAAAAUUAUACCGCGUGUGAUUGGCCCGUGGUGCAAAUGCACGACAACAGUCGUGCCCUGAUUGGUUGAGACGGAUCUUAUAAGCAGUUCUAUUCCUACCCUGUUCGCUGCUCGUGAUUUACUGGUGCGGUCGCUGCGACCUUGACGGUGCGGCUGAUAUGACGUACCAUUGCGGUCGCCGUUCUGUUCACGUGCAGGCCAUGCUGGCAGGGGCUGUGCUUACUUGCAUGUCUUACUACGCGUCGUCGUCGUCGUCGUUACCGCGUCGCGCUCGGUCGCUUUUGAACGGCUUGAUUAUAAUAUUCCAUUUUUGCAGUUGUGGGGGAGAGCCGGUGGCGCAUCGGUUGGCGCUCCGCACUGGUUGAUACCCGCAGGCAUCGGUGGCGAGCGACUAUAUGAACCGGGCGUGAGGUGGGGGGCACCCACCCCUCACCCACCCCUCACCAACCCGCACAGUUACGGUCGAACGAGACCCGUUGACCGACGCGGCGCGGGUGACGGGGGGGCCGUGUGAACGGUCACGAGUUCCGGCUGCGUUCGCUUUGCCGGCGGUGUGUGGGGGGUUACGCGCCAGGCCACGGGAGGCAUGUGGGAUGGUUCCCGAGCCUUGGGCAGCGCCCCACCGACCGCCGGUUCGCAGCUCGGGGUGUGGGGAGGGGGCUGGAACCGACGCCGAUUCCCGGGUCAUUUUAAUUUGAGAUUGUUGCACGGGCGGCCUGCCGUCACCGCCGCCGCCGCCACCUUCCCGAGGGGCUGGCGGUGCCGGCGAAUCCCUCGGGUGUGCCGGAUCUCCGCGGCCGCAACCGCCUUGCUAUUUACCCCGUCCCUCCACUCUUCUCUGUUCAAAUUGCGGUGCCGGGGGGGGGGUGGUUCGUUGUCGUCGUUGCCGUCGUUGCCGUCGUCACGAGAAGGAGUUUUGAGUUCGGAGGCCUCUGUCCCACGCUAGGGGGGAGGCAGGGAAGGGAGGGGGAGGGCGUCUCUCUCUCGCGCGCGCGUCUCGAGCGUAACUGGAAUCGCUGGAACUCUUCGAAGCAACUCCGGUGAUGUAAGGAAAUUGAGCGUUUAACACGGUGGUGGCGGUAUGUUGUGGGGGGGGGGGGGGCGCGGAGCGGAUCCGCCCGGCUAGCGUGGGCCCCGGUGCAAGAAAUAAAACGGGGUUUGGGUGGAGGCCCCUUCUCAGAUACCCCCGUGUAGCCCCGCGCCUUGGGCCCAUCAGGCCGGGCGUGCAGGUCCCUGCGGCCGUCGUCCCGCGGCCUCGGUCGGGGGCCCGUCGCUCGUGUAAAUAGGAAUGCCUCGUGGUCGUCGUCGUCGUUGUCGUCGUUUAUCCGUUGGCGUGGGUCGCACGGACGCGGGUUGGUUGUUGACGUACCGCAGGGGUUGAGCCCAAGCGAGCAACCUUCGUGUUCACCCUGGUGAGUCCGUGUUCACCCUGGUGAGUCUGUGUUCACCCUGGUGAGUCCGUGUUCAGCCUGGUCAGCCUGUGUUCACCCUGGUCAGUCUGUGCUCACCCUGGUGAGUCCGUGUUCACCCUGGUCAGUCUGUGUUCACCCUGGUGAGUCCGUGUUCACCCUGGUGAGUCUGUGUUCACCCUGGUGAGUCCGUGUUCACCCUGGUGAGUCCGUGUUCACCCUGGUGAGUCCGUGUUCACCCUGGUGAGUCUGUGUUCACCCUGGUGAGUCUGUGCUCACCCUGGUGAGUCCGUGUUCACCCUGGUGAGUCCGUGUUCACCCUGGUGAGUCCGUGUUCACCCUCGCGUUGUCCACGCUCGCGGUUCCCAAUAAACUUUCCCGAACCCGAGAGAAGAGAGAGGCGGCGGCGACGCCGGCUGUUUGCGAGUGGCGCUCCUUCGUACGGUCCGGCACACCACAUCCAUAAUACCACGGCCACCCCCACCUUCUCUCUCCCCCCACGCCAUCCCAUGUAUCGUGGUUGCCGAGCGUAGGCUGAAAAGGCCUCCCCUGAAUGAGGAGGAAUAAAAAGGGAAAAAAAAACCAGCAGCACGCGGCGAGGGUGCAAACGGAUGGGUGGAUUGGUGGUUCUCGGAAGUGAGCGCGAAGGUUUCGUGAUAAGAACUCGGGGGAGGAGAGGUGAA